GAUCACUAAAACUUUUCGUCGGGGUGAAAUUCCCCCGGAAAUUCCCCUCGCCUUUUAAUGGGAUUUCGCUGAGGUAGUAACUCGGCCAAAAUUUUGCAGCUUUAGCCAAUUAGCCGCCGAGAUGCAUGAGAGAGAUCGAGAGAAUGAAGAUUGAAGAAACAGCGAAAUAAUAAUACACCAGCGGGAAAUUAGAUUGAGCGAAUUUGGACAAGUUGUAUCCAUUCUAUUUAUGGGUUUGGGAGAUAUUUUAACAUGGACUGAUUUUCAACUAACUAGAGGCCGCAGAACAGGAAACUUGUCACUUUGCCUUCACAAACUUUCAAGGCCUUUACAUGUACUUUCAUGAACUAAGGGACAGACUCACCUCAUUUGAUGAUACUGAUAAAUUAAGAAAUUAACCUGUCAGUUUCGGAUCUAAAAAAACAAACCUUGAAUUUGAAUUUUAAAAGGGGGAAGGGAAAGUUUAAAGGUGUCAUGUGCACUUUUACACAAGCACAGAUAAAGGAUUAAAGUGGGACUUAUAGUUCUAGAUUGGCUGAUGUGCUCCUACUUUCCUAAAGAACAUUGGAAUAUCAAGACUUGAGACUGCACUCUGAUGCAUAUUCCUUGAAGCAAGACAACUCAGAUGGUGCUGAUUUGAAGAGAAAUAUUGGCUGUGUACACUCAAUCAGAGAGGUCAUACUCAUAAGACCUUUCAUCCAAACAAUUGAACAGUGUGGGUAUGGAUCCGUCUGAAGUGGAGUUCCUGGCAGAGAAGCAGGAGGUCACGAUCGUUCCCAACUUCUCCCACGAUGAAGUCUUCUUGAUAGCGGGCAACGUUGGACCGUUCAAUCCUAGUUUACCCAUGAAGGUCCCCCUCUGGAUGGCUGUCAAUCUGAAACAGAGACAGAAGUGCCGGAUCCAACCACCAGAUUGGAUGAAUGUCGAGAAACUAGAAGAAGUGAAGAAACAAGAGCAGGAUUCAGCUGUUUUUCAACCCAUGGUGAACCCGCAUUAUAUGGAGGUUACUAAACUACUUCUCAGCCAUGCUACGGAUGACAUUCCCAACGCCGAUGAAGUAAACGCGUUGAUCAAAGAUAUAUGGGAUGUGAGGAUGGCCAAACUGAGGCAGAGUAUUGACAAGUUUGUCAAAGACCAGGAAACACAUGCUAGGCUUGACAACUUGUCAUUGAUGGAGAUCAACACGAUAAGACCAUUCCUCACAGAAGCCCUGGACCACAUGCACACAUUACGCAUGAAUCUCCUAACAGCGGGCCCAGGUCCUACUCAAGACAGCUAAGACUACCUGUCAAGAGACUUGGACCACCGUAUGAGACUAUUCGCUACAUGGUACCCAGUCGAUUGUUUAAUAAUGACAAACUGCUCUGAUGAUGCAUGAGUUGUUUUUUAUGGAAGAAGCAAUCAAGUGCCUCCAUGAACCUCUAAUUUGAUCAGGAUCUAUGAAUGGAGGCGUCGGCAAAGUCAUAUACCACAAAGAGCGUACAGAAAGCCUGGAAAGAGAGAAAGUUAUCCAUACUUCACCUGGGCACCCUUUCCUGAAUGUUGACAUCUCUGACAAUUUGUCAUUCUUCGACAGCUACAUACAUGUAAUAAGAGACUAACUGGUGCCAAACAAACCAGUGAUUGCACUGAAAUUGUCAGAGCCGACUAUUCAGUAAAAUUGUGCCAACAUGCUGAUAUUAUUGAAUUUUGGUGUACAUGUCUGUAACAUACUGAAUAUGAAUAAAAUUCAUACAAUAAAACCUAGCAUAUAGUGAUGAAACUAAGGCUUUGUAAAUGGCUACAAGAAUUUUUACAGAAAUUAUUUUAAAAUGUAUUUUGCAGCAUUCCAACAAUUAUUGUACAUUGUGUAAGCAGUUUAAAAAAAUUGAUGUGAGAAUUAUAUCUGGACAAGUGAUUUUCUAACGGCAGUAAUUUCAUAUGAGAUAAAAUAAUUCUUUAAAGUUUGAUUGGUUUACUGCUUCUCAAAAUUGAUUCUAGCUGUCAGUGAAUCAACCCAUAUAUGGCCUGGGAAUGACUACCAAAUUAACUCUUUCCAAGGAUAAAUGAUAAAAUUAACUAAAUUCACACUUUGCAGAAUCCGCUAGAUUGCCCUUAGAUAUUAGAAGAGUGAUGAUCUUUGAUUUACUUACUCAUGCCUGACUCAAAAUAAAAUCCCAUAUUCACAGAAAAGUGCAAGAAAAUCCACUUAACUUAUUUUGCUAAAGAAACAUUUUAAUGAAAAAUAAUAUUUUAUUUGGGAGGGUGUUACUUGACCGUUAAUAUCGGUGUCUUCAGUUUGAUGUUUCAUAUGGCCACCUUCUCCAGCCAUUCCCUGCACAACAAUACAAAGUGAUAUGUCUGCAUUAAAGGUGAAUGAUCCCAAGAGGCAUCAGAAAAGCAGAUUUGAUAAUCUAGUCAAUGGCAAACGGGAGAGUUGUCCCUACAAAUUGUCUCAAUCUGUAAGUAACCGCAUAUGAUGUACAUAACAUCUGUAAACAGCAACCCUUACAAACAAUAUAAGGACUAUGGUGUAGGACAACAUUGUUACCAGUGUUAACUUCUAUGAAGUUUAUCUGAAAUUAUAUCAAUUAUACAAAUUUGUAUGGUAUUUAUUUACGUUUGAUUGAACAGGGGAAAUUGUUUGUGAGAGUGCAAAAACUUGACUUGUGCCAAAGGCUGAAGUAAUGCCUAUUUGAUAUCAUAAGAGGCAAUCACUGACUAUUCUGCCUCGCUGUCGUGUAAUGAGACAGCAUAUGGCAAUAUUUUCAUGGAUAUCUGCUUUAAGCGAAUUGACAAUGAACAUUUUUGUAAUAUGACACAUUUUCUGUGUCGUCAACCUGGAAUCUACAAUAUAAACUUUAGCAUCGGAAUGUUUUGGAGAAACAUUCAAGUAAAAAUGUUGCACCAAAUAUCCUUUGUGGCAUGAAUGAAUUUUUACCUUAAAUGUAAGUCAGGUGGAUAAUUAUAUGUUUGUUCAUUAUUGUGUAAUACAUUGUCUCAAUAGCCUUAGUGGCAGAAAGUGUGCAUUGCUGAUAUGCAUUGCCUUGUCUCAUGUUCGUCUAAGAAAUUCCACAGAUAGAUACCAUAUGAGUUGGAUAAAACACCCUUCCAUAGGGUGUAUAAUAAUUGACUAAUUUACAAUGUAAUUGUAAUAUCUCGUCAUAUGCAGUAUGUAAAUAUUCAAGAUAUGUGUCUUCAAGCCAUGUUUGCCUUGUAUAUUAUACUUCCAAACACCAGAAAAAUGUCUCCCGAUAUGACUUGAUUAAAUUCAUAUCAUUAAUAAAUAUAUAUGUAAAUACA